AUGGAUGCUCUACUAAUACCCGAGAAGAAUCUAGCAGAUUCUCUUAUUAGCACGUACUGGCGGUAUUCGCAUCCGGUUUUCCCUGUAUUGCAUCGACCAAGCUUCAUGAAGAAGUACGAGAAUCUUUGGAAGUCUACAGAAUCUUUCUCAUUAUCAAAAUAUACAGGCAAUGAUAUACUCCUGCUCGCCAUGAUAAAUGUUGCCCUCGCCAUCGGCUGCCAGCGGUCUGAACACUGUCCUGCCAAUUGGAGAAAGCGAGAUGCUGAGUCGCUAUACAGGCGAUCAGUUCGGCUGAUUUCCGCCGAAACACUGGACUCAUACUCGUUUGAAGUGUUGCAGCUUUUUUUGCUGAGAGUUAUCUAUCUCCAAUACACGCCUUUUGCCUCGCGAUGUUGGAGUACGCUUGGCAUUGCUCAGAGAGUUGCUUAUGGGCUUGGGCUCCAUAGAGAAGCCCCCGAAUCGAUGGGCCAAUUAGAACGGGAGAUGAGACGUAGAGUGUGGCAUAUUUCAGUUAUAAUGGAUAGGCAAGUAUUAGCCUGCGUUUGUGCACAUUGUCUUGUAAUUGAUAUGCGAGAAUGA